AUGGGAAAACAAUAUAUAUCCACUGCGAUCGUGGGAGACGCGCACCAGUCCGACAUUCUGGACGUCUGCGUCUCCAAAAAAUAUACCGUCACCUGCUCGGCCGACGGAUCGCUUAAACUUUGGUCCAAUUCCUCUUCCGACCGGCCAUUGGAAACAAAGGUGUUUGUCGACAAGUUUGGGCUACACCACGUUUCCCUGUUUGAAACGAGCGAUUUCUUACUGAUUGGCACGGUGUCUUUUUCGGGAAAGUUCUACCUGUACAAAAUGAGCGAUCAGCUCGUCGCCGUUGACGACCUUCCUGCGGAGCUUAAGAACGAGAAAAGCUCAUUUUGGGCACUAAAAUUCAUGAAGGACCUCGAAGAGGACAACAACGUGUUGGCGAUCACGAUGGCUUCCGGAGAAACACAGAUAUACAACUUGCAGGGUGAAACAUUGACGUACACUGCCACAACGUCCUCAACAGACAAAUCGUUUGCAACGAGUGUUGAUCUGGACCCUACAUUUAAGAGAAUGGCCGUUGGCCACCAGAACGGCAACGUGUACAUCUACGACCUGGAGUACCUCAAGCCAUUAUAUGAGUUUCAAUCCUACGGCCUGAAGAAGGCGACGUCCUCGAGCUCACUGUCGACAGUGCGAUGUGUGCGAUUCUCGCCCGGAGGCACGCUGUUGGCGGUGGCGCGCGACUCGGGCGCAUACGGGACUAUCUUCUUGUACGACGUAAAAUAUGGCGAGGUCAUUGGCACGCUGACCAAUGCGUCGCACUCGUCAAAUGUCGGGAUCGGCGGUUUUGCGCACAACAGCUGGUGCAUGUCGGUUUCGUUCAACGAGGACGGGACGCUGCUGGCCAGUGGAGGUUUGGACGACACGAUUCGGGUCUGGAGCACAAGUACGCGGACCAAGGAGGCCAGUCUGGUGGUGAGCAAGUCGGACGUUGACGACGAGGCCCUGAGCCACACGAACCAGUUGGACAAUGCGACGUGCUGUGCUCUUUCGUUCAUUCCUAGAGGUCUGGUGGCGGGUGAGGGCGACAACGACGGGCUGGUGAUAGUUGGGUUCGACAGGGUGGUCAGAUGGUUCAGGGAGGCUGGAGGAGUGUAG